AAGGUCUCUUAAAAAUAUAUUAUCUUAUUUCUGUGAAUAAUCGAUAAAUAUGAAUUAUCAACCGAAUUUGGUAAUGCAGAAGAUUACUGAAAAAUAUUUUGAAGAAGAGAAAGCACUGGAAGAGAAGCUACGCGAAUGCGACAGGUUGCAUGAAAAAUUAAAAUCCAUGGAUACGAAAAAUUUAAGUGAUUUAUCAUUAUCAGCGCUACAGGCUAAACGUGAAAACUCACGAAUUCGAAAUGAACAAUUUAUACAGGAUUUGAUAAAAGUAAAAGCCAUUCUAAGGACCCAGUCGGCCUAUUCACCAACACAGAAGCAGUUUCAACAAUUGCUCGCGGAUUAUUAUAGCUACUUACAGGAUGAAGAUAAUUAA